UGUACAGAAAAGGUUGUAGUAUUGACUGAUAACGUAUUUUGAAACCUUGUGAAAGCGUUUUAUGAAGAUUUCGUGUUCAUUAAUUGUAGAAACAGGAAUUUAGCUUUGCGUGAUAUAUCUAAAAUGUGUGAUGUGACACGAAUAUACGUAUUGCUCUCACUAGUUGGAUUUGGGUGUGUAGCACAGAGUCAAGAUAGGGCUACAUUGGAGAUAAAUCCAGAGGGAGAUACACAUAGAAAGCCUGCUGAGGAAAGUUUUGGGCUAUUCUGUUUAGGGAAGAGUGAUAGACCUGAACUGUUUGGAGAAAUGAAGUGGUUUGGACCAACAAAGAAAGAUAUGAAUGAUGUGAAAAGACAAGAAAUUGAAGUCAAAAGAGAAGAAAGAAGUAUUCUAUCUUUAUCUUUUAUAAAACCAUACACUAAUGACAGUGGUGUUUAUACUUGCACUGCCAUUUAUGACAACUCUGAGAAGCUAGAAGCAUCAGUACAGGUUACUUUCUAUCAUGAUAUAACUUGGGAUGAUUGCCCACAAACCCAGGCUUUAAUUUUGGGCCAAGUAGGGAAUAUCAAAUGUAAAGUAACUGGUAACCCUACACCUAAAGUUGAGUGGUAUAAAAAUGGCAUACCUCUAGCAGAAGAUCGUUACAAGUCUUACAGUGAAGGAAUUAAAAUUGCCAGAGUUGAGGAAGUAGACAAAGGCCUGUAUAAAAUUAGAGCCACUGUUAAACAGACUGGAGCACUAAGUCAGAGAAACAUAACUGUUGACAUUCAUGUACCACCAAUGAUAAGAGAUCUACCUGACACAACAGAAGCUGUAGAGGGAGAGUCUGUGAUUUUACAUUGUUCAGCUGAUGGCUACCCUUCUCCUGAAUAUUCCUGGUUGAACAAGGAGUAUAAAAACAUGAGCAAAGAACAAGGCUAUGAUGUCGAUAAGGACAAGGGCACAUUAACUAUACUGAAAGUUGAAAAAGAAGAUAAAGGAAAAUAUACAUGUGUGGCAAAAAAUCCUGCUGGUGAAAAUAGAAAGACAACAACAUUAAUGGUGAUUUCAAAACCAAAUAUUGUUAUGUUAGAAAAUGUAACAAUACAAGUAUCCAAAACAGCAGUGCUUGAGUGUCAUGUGACAGGGGAUCCAGUGCCAGAAAUAACCCUCAGAAAAGAUGGAGCAGUUGUUCAAAAUGUAAGACAGACUUCAUUUAUCAAAAUGUAG